UAGGGAAAUAUUGAAAUUCUGAGAGAGCCCCCCCGGCUCUGACUGUGAUACUCCUGCGGGGAUUCGCAAAAUUCAGCUAUUUGCUGUUUUGGAUCAGUGUGGUUGUGCCAGACUUAUCCCGGGACUUGCAUUGCCAUACCAUUCAUCCGGCGUGGAAAGCUGAAAAGGAGCUAUUCUAUAUAACUAAGACAGGAUGCCGGAAGACGUUGAGGCAAAUGGGGCAGAGGUCUCAGAUGCCUUGUCCGAUAAUGAGAACGAGUACGACGACAUGGAACAGCCUAUCAAGGACGAAGAUGCUAAGAUGACUGACCAAACCACGUCGCCCGAGCCUGGCGGCGCCGACCAUUCAGGAGAGGUCAAGAAGAAGUACGAUCCUAAAGACCCCCACCGCCCAAGGAGAAAGAAGGCGAGACGUGCGUGUUAUGCUUGCCAGAGAGCGCAUCUUACAUGCGGAGAUGAGCGUCCAUGCCAAAGAUGCAUUAAGCGCGGUCUUGCGGACGCCUGCCAAGACGGAGUCCGGAAGAAAGCCAAAUAUCUUCACGAUGCUCCUCCAGAAGCUUUAAGACCGGUUCUGGGACCUACUUACAACCCAGCGGUCCAUACGAAGCCAACAAAUGGGAGGCACCUAUCUAACGGGAAUUCCGAAACCUCGCCGUAUUAUUCGGAAGCUUCCAAUUCGUCUACCUACUCCAUAUUCAAUGGCAAUGCUCAGGGACAGCUAUCAUCCCUUUCCGACAAUAUGUCUUUUGCUGGCCAGCAUUCUCCGGUGACGCCCGGGUUUCAACCGCCGAACACGUCGAGAGCAGCGCAGAUGGGCUCUAUGCAAGUUCCUCAAGUAUCUAGCGAGAUGGGCCAUAAUUUCUCAACCGCCUUAUUUGACCCUAGCAAUCCUGCAAUAUUCAAUUUCGACCUCGAAGGCCUGAAUUUUGGGAACCAUUACGGUGCGCUUGAAUUUGGGAUGCUUGGCCAUAUGUCUUCUGGAGCCGCGGAGACUCCUCCUAGAGACGCUAUAGCUCAUCCUCCCGGGACGGAUGUUAACUACGGAUCUACACCGGUUUAUCGAAAUGGAGUCAAUCAAUAUAGUCAUAGUCAUAUGUAUGAGAAUGGCAUGAAUGAUGGCUUCAUGAACGUUGAUCCAAGCAACGGCGGCACAUAUCCGGGUAAUCUGCAGCAUGGCUUGCCUCAUGCGUACGCCGUGGCGGCUGCCGGACCGACGCCAAAUAGUCUAGCAAGUCCAAGCACAGACAAUACAUCAAGCCCGCAACCCACAGGCUAUGGAUUCGAUAAGUCGCCAACUGCGAGCACCUAUACACCUGCCAGCUCUCAACCAAUCGCUCAGCCUACACGACCAAAACCAAAGUCCUCUAGUUCCACGGGUCGGUUUGGGCCUCAGUCUAUUUUAGGCAAACGACAACGCGAUCCAUCUGCGAUCUACGAUACCGUCACCGAGCCCUAUCCAUAUCUUACUGGGUUUCAUAACUUAAUCGCAUUUGUCCAGCGAAGGUUUUCCGCUAACAAGACCCUACGCAUCGCAAAAUCUCUUGCCAGUAUCCGACCUUCGUUUAUUGCAUGCACAAGAAAUCUUAAUCGGCAAGAUCUUAUUUUCAUGGAAAAAUGCCUACAGCGGACUUUAUUCGAAUACGAAGACUUCAUGGGCCAUUGCUCUGCGCCAACUAUUGUCUGCCGAAGAACUGGAGAAGUGGCGGCUGUAAACAAAGAAUUCAUUGCUCUGACCGGAUGGACCAAGAACGUACUGCUAGGAAAAGAACCCAACAUGAAUGUCAAUAACGGUCGGUCGGGAUCUGAGUUGAGUAGCCUCGGUAGCACAGGCAAGCCCGAGUACGCUACGCCGCGGCUAAGAACAGCCCAACCGGACUUGGGCAAGGCCUCGGAAGGCAAGAUACAACCGGCCUUCAUUGCAGAGUUCAUGGACGACGAUAGUGUGGUUCAAUUCUACGAAGAUUUCGCCCAGUUGGCCUUUGGCGAUAGUCGCGGUCAUGUCACGAGAAAAUGCCGACUCCUCAAAUACCGAACGAAGGAAAUGAGCGAGUCUUUAAGCAGCGACGAAUCCCCUCACAAGGACCGACGCAACAGUAGCAUCCUAAGUAAUAGGGUUACGCGGAUCGACGGAGAACACGGUAUAUCCAAACUCGAAAAGGAUGGCAAGAUCGACUGCACAUUCUGCUGGACCAUCAAGCGCGAUGUUUUUGAUAUACCAAUGUUGAUUGUCAUGAAUUUCUUACCGUGUUACUACCGCAAUCAGGACCAAUUGGCCGUAUAAGGAUAUGCCAGUUGGAGCACACGUAUAGAGGCAGGCAUGUUUCUUGGUUUGUUCGUUUCUAGUUCACGGGACUACUAUAUAUAGGUAGCAUGGGUGGCGUUUUGGAUGGAGCUCGUAUUUAGGAGCUCUUCUCCCUUUGAAGGGAGCUGGUCAUAAUG